AUUGUUAAAUUUACUCGUGAUUUAUUGAUUCUGUGUGUAUCUGACUCGAGCGCUCUCUUCAGAAGGUAUGGGGGUUCUGGGGGUAACCCAUAUUUGCCAAGACCUGUUAAAUCAGGUGGCUGGGACUCUGGCGUCUAGCCUACAUCUGGCCAGAAUGCCACCCUAGAAACCAAACAAUGCAACUCAUCACCCUCUUCACCGGCGCUCUCACCGCCGCCAUCUCCAUCGGCACCGCCUCCGCCUUGCCUGCCUCCUCCUCCUCCGACACCAAGCGCGUGCCCAUCCUCGGCGGCUUCCGCCUCUCCACCUCCGACACCUGCCCCAUGGACCUCAGCUCCCAAAAUUGGGAGUUCUACACGGUCAACUUCGGCGCCGCCUGCGGCGAGUGCACCGUGCCCAAGCGACAGUGUACCGGCAACGUCACCGAGACGUUCGACGCCCGCACCAUCAGCGACGCCUACCUCAACCCCAAGUGCCAGAUCACGCUGUACCAGAAGACCGACUGCUCGGAUCCGGGCAUUGUUAGUGGUAGCGGAUGCUGGGCGCCCGAGGGCGGGAUUAAGGCUUAUAAGAUUUCGUGCCCUUGGUGGGAGGAGCCGGCGGGUGCGGAGGGUGGAAGUUGGUUGAGGCCUUGUUAUGAGUAGAGUGUUCUUUCUACUUGGCUGGAGGAAGGAAGAGGAAGAUAUUGAUGAAGGAUAAGAGAUUGUUCGAGGAAAUACCGGAACUUCAGCGAGCGUGUUUUAGAGGUGGGAAUGGGGUCGAGUAAAGGCAGUGGAGGACAAUGAGCUUGCUUCGUCAAUUCUGAUGAGGACACUUCGUGAUCAGGGAAUUUCACAUUAAUAUUCCUUCAUAAUCUCAUACACACAUCUUGGCU